AUGCCCGUCCCCGUCCCCCAGAUAUUCCACUACGACUACGUCCCAGAGACAAAGGAGGACCUCGACUGGGCAGACCUGCCCACCAUCGACCUCGCAAAGUUCAACGACCCCGAGGGCCGCAAAGAGCUCGCACACACCCUCCUCGAUGCUAUCCGCACAAAGGGCUUCUUCUACGUCAUCAACUAUGGCAUCCCCCAGGAGAAGGUCGACCGCCAGUUCGCCUUGGGCAGCAAGUUUUACAACUUGCCCCUCCAGGAAAAGAGCAAGUACACCCCCGACCUCGAGAACGGCGAGUACAAUGGCUACAGGCCUGCUGGAAGAGCCGUACUCGGCGGUGGUGUCAAAGACAGAACUGAGGUGUACAACAUCCCUAGCAAGUCUACUCUUCUCCGUGCUCAGCCAGAGGUGAUCCAGUCUAACAUCGGCGAAGUUGAGUCUUUCGCUCGCUCCCUUCACACCAACGUCCUCGACCCCCUUCAUAUCCUCAUCGCCCUCGCUCUCGAGCUCCCUGAAGACUUUUUCACCAACCUUCACAAAUACGAGCAGCAGUCGGAAGACCACCUUCGUUACAUGAUGUACCGCCACUUUAACGAGGAGGAAAUUGCCAAGAUUCGAGAAGGGGAUGGCCUCUACAGUAUCGGCCACACGGAUCUGGGGACGUUGACGCUGCUGUUCAGGCAGCCGGUGGCAGCGCUCCAGAUCAAGGACCACGCGACGGGCGAUUGGAAAUGGGCCAAGCCGCUUGAUGGGUCUUUGACCGUCAACACCUGUGAUGCCUUGUCUUUCCUCACUGGUGGUUACAUCAAGUCCACCAUCCACCGAGUCUCCCUGCCGCCCAAGGACCAACAGUCCUUCGACCGUCUCGGUCUUCUCUACUUUGCCCGACCUCAAAACGACACCCCACUAAGCACUGUCGACAGCCCCUUGCUCAAGCGCGAAGGGUUCACCCAGAAUGAGUUUGAAAAGGGUGGACACAAAGUGCCUACUAUGGGCGAGUUUGUCACGCUCAAGCAAAAGUGGCAGCAGACCAAGAGGUCGGCGCACAGAGAGGGAGAGAACGCCCAGAUUGUGCCCGGUUUCACCGGCAAAUACCACGACUGA